UGUGUUGUGGAUUGUGGUUGGUUUGGUUAUGUCAUGUUCUUAAUAUUGUGUUAAAUCGGAAGAGAUCUCAGACUGAGUAGAAAAUAAACAGACUUAAUUUUUUAAAUAUUAACAACUGAUACUUUUACAUAGCAUAUAGGCCUAUCAAUAAGAUUUAAUUUUGAAACUUUUGAUAAAAUAUCAAUAAAUUUGUCCAUUAUGAAUGUUUUGCGUAGAGGUUAUUUGACCUAUAAUAGGUUUAACCCACAGAUUUUAAAGUUUUCUACAGAUGCUGCAAAAAGUGUCAAAGAAGAAAUUGAUAAUUUAGUUAAAAAUAAUAAAGUAGUAGUGUUUAUGAAGGGUGUACCAAGUGAGCCAAGAUGUGGUUUCAGCAAUGCUGUUGUCCAAGUUCUUAGAAUGCAUGCUGUAAACUAUGAUGCACACGAUGUUUUAAAAAAUGAAAACAUAAGACAAGGCAUCAAGGAGUACUCCAACUGGCCCACCAUCCCCCAGGUGUACAUCAACGGAGAGUUUGUUGGAGGUUGUGACAUUCUCCUCCAAAUGCAUCAGAAUGGAGACCUGAUCCAGGAAUUGGAGAAGGCUGGAAUCAGAUCAGCGUUGUUGGAUAAGGAAACCGAAAGCAGUCCUAAGCCAGAUAAAUGAUUUGGAUGGAUAGUGUAAUGUUGUGUUUAGAGAUAAGAUUUAAAAGGUUUCUUGUUUUCCAUUGUUUUGUUAUUUAACAUUUGUGUAAUAUAUUAAAAAAAGUAAACAAGUUCA